UCCGACGGUAAUUAUUACGAGAGUUCACCUUUCGGCUUUCACAACCGAAGAUUGCUGAGAGCAUUGGGAUGACCUCCCAUCAUCUGUGAUUUAAGAUAUCUCUCUUUGGAGGAGGCAGCGGAGAAUCAACAUUUUUGGAAAAAACCGUGCAAUAAUAAUUUCCAACGAUAAGGGAGGCUGAGAGAGAGAUAAUUGAUACGUAGGUAGAGGUGACCACAUCACAGUGCAGGCUAAGUAGUAUUACAACAAGAGGACCAGAGCUGCCCAUCUACUUUAUAUACUCAUGUCCUGGAGGCCUAAACAUCAUCUUAUUUCAUGGCUAUCAAUAUUAUCAUUCAACUUCUUCCCCUCUUUCUCUUUACGUUCUUAAUCUUCCUCACUUUUCGGAUCAAAUGCAGUUCCACAAGCUCUCUGCCAACCGAUUGGCCCGUGUUGCGCAUGACACCGGGCCUUCUCAAGAAUGCUCAUAGAAUACAUGAAUAUCUGACAGAUGUUCUGAAAGAAUGCCAUGGCACUUUUCAUCUCAAAGGUCCAGUACUAGCUGACCUGAACUUGCUCAUCACUUCUGAGCCUGCUAACAUCCACUACAUCUUGAGCAAGAAUUUCACCAAUUAUCCCAAAGGCCCUGACUUCUUCAAGAUUUUUGAGAUUCUUGGAGAUGGGAUUUUCAAUGCUGAUGCUCAUCUUUGGGAACUUCAUCGCAGAACUACAAGCUCUCUCUUCAACAAUGCAGAGUUCUAUAAGAUGUUACUCGAGACAGCGAAGAACAAAGUAGAGAAAGGGCUGAUCCCGGUUCUUAAUCGUGUCUGGAGAGAUGGAACUGAGGUGGAUUUGCAGGAGAUUUUUCAGAGGCUUACUUUUGAUAAUAUUUGUUCUCUGCUUUUAGACCAUGAUCCUCAAAGCCUCUCGCUUGAGCUGCCUUAUAUUCCAUGUGAAAAGGCUUUCACAGCGACUGAGGAGGCGCUUCUGUACAGGCAUUUUUUGCCUGAGAGCAUUUUGAAGCUGCAACGUUUGAUUGGAGUGGGUAAAGAAAGAGGUUUAAGUGAAGCUAGAGAAGCUUUUGAUGAGUUCAUAUAUUCAUGCAUCUCCACGAAGCGCCAUCAAGCACAAAAUGGGGCACGUAAAUUAGAUUUGCUGGCAGCCUAUAUGGAAGCAUACAAAGAAACAACUGGGAAUCCUGAAGUAUUUUUAAGAGAUACUCUGUUAAAUUUGAUGGUUGCUGGGAGAGAUUCGACUAGUACAGCUCUUUCAUGGUUUUUCUGGCUCCUAGCCAAGAAUCCUGCAGUGGAAUGCAAGAUUCUUGAAGAAAUGGAAUCAAAGUUGCAUUUGAAAGAAGAACAAAUUUGGACGCGUUUUAGCAGAAGGGAAGACCUGGGUGAACUGGUUUAUCUGCACGGAGCUUUGUGCGAGGCUUUAAGGCUCUUCCCCCCUGUUGGUCUGGAGCACAAGGCUCCAAUUCAACCGGAUAUUCUUCCAAGUGGUCAUCCGAUUGAUAAAGACUCUAAAAUUGUGUUAUCGUUUUAUUCAAUGGGAAGAAUGGAGAGCAUUUGGGGAAAAGAUUGCUUAGAGUUCAAGCCCGAGAGAUGGAUAACUGAGAAAGGAGGAAUUAAACACGAACCAUCAUAUAAGUUUCUAGCGUUUAAUGCAGGGCCAAGAACUUGUUUAGGCAAGGAAAUGGCAUUCACGCAAAUGAAAAUCAUUGCAAUAAGUAUGAUACAUAAUUACAGAGUUGAGGUUGUUGAGGGUCAUCAGGUAGUCCCAAGUGAUUCUAUUGUUCUGCAAAUGAAAUAUGGUUUGAAAGCCAAGAUCUCCAGAAGAAGUGCUUAAUCCUUACAUGUAAUGUCAGCACUGCGUGUUCUUAAAAGUAUUGUACUAGACUACUAGUAAUGGACACUGGCACAUGAAUCAAAUGUAAUGAUGCAAGUAUAACAAGUUACAUGUCUUAGUACCUAUUAAUAAUAUAAAAUAAUGGAUCCUAUUUAAGUAA